CUCGGCUAGCUUUAGCGUGGCAGACAUGGCCGGUAACCGGGUGCAAACUUUGGGCACCGUGUUCUCUCGGGUUCGUGAUCUGAUGCGCUCUGGGAUCAUAAAUCCCUCAGAGAAGCCACUGUGGUACGAUGUCUACGCAGCUUUUCCACCAAAGAGGGAGCCAGUUUAUGUCAUGCCAGAGGAUGACAAAGAUGUCAAGAGAGAAGAUCCUGUUCCUGCUAUACUGUACAUAGAAGAUAGGAUCAGAGCGAAAUUCUACUCCCUGUAUGGGACGGGUCCACGGGCUUUUGAUUUGUCGAACCCAAACUUUGUUUCUGUAUGUCAGAGGUUUGUUGACAAGUACACGGAGUUGGAGAGCUGUGGAGAUCUGGACAGAAGCAUUUUGUUUGAGGAGACGGCGAAGGCUCUGCUCGUGGAAGGAGUUGUGCUGAAGAGGAGAAGCGGUCAUCUGGUGUCAGGAGUGUCCUACGAUCCCGCGGUGCAGUUACAGCCCUCAGACACUGAAGGGGAGCAGGAGGACUCUCAGGUGGACAUCAGUGACUCAAAGGUUGCCUGAGCAUCUGUGAAUCGCCUUUUUCCUGGUCUUUGUGGAAGAGUGACUCCUUCUUUUCUGAACUCGCACUCCGCGUCCUGCCUGUGUUAUGUUUGAACAGUUUUUGUGCCGGCGUCAGACCCAGUCUGCAGUGCUCAGCUCCAGACUUCACCUGAAGAUGCAAACACGCUGAAGUGCUGUGAAAUGUAAAAUAAAGUUAAUUUUCAGAGUU